GUGAGAAGCAAAACCAUGUUCUGCUCUCUUCUUUGUCAUGUAGAUUGGUGACCUUUAGAUAUCCAUCUUGGCAUCAACUCCAUUGGGGCCUAGUGUUGUUCUUCAACAAAGCCAUGUGGAACUUCAUGUGCCAUUGUCUCUCACCAGUGGCCAUUAAAUUUUGAUAUGAAGCUUACCACUAACUUUGCAUAUAUACACAUAUAUAGAAAUCGUUUUAUGCAAAACACAAUACUCAUUGGUGUGUGCUUCUCAAAAUCCUUUGAACUCAUCAUCUGAAGUUAAAUAAAGUAUCUCACUAUGGCUAUCAAACUGAUCAGUCCCCUUGUUCAAGGUACUAGAAUCUUGAGGAGGUUUUCAAAUUCCGGAGGUGUUCCCAAAGGACAUUGUGCAGUAUAUGUAGGAGAGAGCCAGAAGAAGAGAUUUGUCGUGCCUAUAUCAUACUUGAGCCAGCCUUCGUUUCAAGACUUGUUAACUCAAGCUGAAGAACAGUUUGGCUUCGAUCAUCCAAUGGGCGGUCUCACAAUACCUUGCAAAGAGGAUGUAUUUGUUGAUCUCACAUCCCGUUUGAGACGAUAAAUUGCAUCAAAGUGCAAAUUCUCUUGCACAGAAAUUUUGUAAAGUAGUAGUAGGACUUAGAGAGGAACUUUUAUUGUAUAGUUCAGAAACACAAGAAUCUAUAGAAGUUGUUUCCAUGAUCAAUUUAUGAAUAGCAGAAGGUUAUUUCUAAUUAA